GGAGGGGGGAGCCCGGCCGAGCCGGGGGGAGGGCGGCCGCCCGGGACCGGCUUCUCCCCAGGAGCCCCCACCGAAGAGCGAGCGAUGGAACCGGAGGAAGAGAGGAUCCGUUACAGCCAGAGACUGCGGGGUACGAUGAGGCGGCGCUAUGAAGACGAUGGCAUUUCCGACGACGAGAUCGAAGGGAAGAGGACGUUCGACCUGGAUGAGAAGCUGCACACCAAUAAAUACAACGCCAGCUUCGUCACCUUCAUGGAAGGAAAAGACUUCAAUGUGGAGUACAUCCAGCGGGGCGGGCUGAGGGACCCGCUCAUCUUCAAGAAUUCGGACGGCCUGGGGAUAAAGAUGCCAGACCCAGACUUCAGUGUGAACGACGUGAAGAUGUGUGUGGGGAGUCGCCGAAUGGUGGACGUCAUGGAUGUGAACACGCAGAAGGGCAUCGAGAUGACCAUGGCCCAGUGGACGCGCUACUACGAGACCCCGGAGGAGGAGCGCGAGAAGCUGUACAACGUCAUCAGCCUGGAGUUCAGCCACACCAGGCUGGAGAACAUGGUGCAGCGGCCGACCACGGUGGACUUCAUCGACUGGGUGGACAACAUGUGGCCGAGGCAUCUGAAAGAGAGCCAGACGGAGUCCACCAACGCCAUCCUGGAGAUGCAGUAUCCCAAAGUGCAGAAGUACUGCCUGAUGAGCGUCCGCGGCUGCUAUACCGACUUCCACGUGGACUUUGGCGGCACGUCGGUGUGGUAUCACAUCCACCAAGGGGGAAAGGUCUUCUGGCUCAUCCCCCCUACAGCCCACAACCUGGAGCUGUACGAGAACUGGCUGCUGUCAGGGAAACAGGGAGACAUCUUCCUGGGGGACCGGGUGGCAGAGUGCCAGCGCAUCGAGCUCAGGCAGGGAUACACUUUCGUCAUCCCUUCAGGCUGGAUCCACGCGGUCUACACGCCCACAGACACCCUGGUGUUCGGGGGCAACUUCCUGCACAGCUUCAACAUCCCCAUGCAGCUUCGCAUCUACACGAUCGAGGACCGCACACGGGUCCCCAACAAGUUCCGCUACCCCUUCUACUAUGAGAUGUGCUGGUACGUGCUGGAGCGGUACGUCUACUGCAUAACCAACCGCUCCCACCUGACCAAGGACUUCCAGAAGGAGUCGCUCAGCAUGGAUCUGGAACUGAACGGGCUGGAGGCCGGAGCGGCGGAGGAGGAGGCGGCCACGGCAGCCGCGGCGGCCGCGGCCGCGGCAGCCGACCGGGACCGGGAACCCAGGCGUCCCAACACGCGCCGCACCCAGGCGCUCCCCAGCCCCGUGGCCAACGGCGGCGGCCCGGAAUACGAAGAGCUCGGCCGGGGCUGCCGGACCGCGGGCCCGAGCCUCAAGAGGACCUUGUCGACGGACUCCUCCCCGGACUCGAUCCGGGGCUCCCCCAACGGGCAGGGUUGGGACCCCCAGGGGAGCCCCCGCAAGGAGCGGCAGGUGCACCUGACCCACUUUGAGCUGGAGGGGCUCCGCUGCCUCGUGGACAAACUGGAGUCGCUGCCCCUGCACAAGAAGUGCGUACCCACCGGCAUCGAGGACGAGGACGCCCUCAUCGCCGACGUCAAGGUCCUCCUGGAGGAGCUGGCCAGCAGUGACCCCAAGCUCGCCCUCACUGGAGUCCCCAUCGUGCAGUGGCCGAAGAGGGACAAGCUCAAGUUCCCUCCGCGGCCCAAGGUGCGCGUGCCCACCAUCCCCAUCACCAAGCCGCACACGAUGAAGCCGGCCCCGCGGCUGACCCCGGUCAGGCCGGCCGCGGCGGCCUCGCCCAUCGCCUCGGGGGCCCGGCGGCGGCGGGUGCGGUGCCGCAAGUGCAAGGCCUGCGUGCAGGGCGAGUGCGGCGUGUGCCACUACUGCCGGGACAUGAAGAAGUUCGGAGGGCCCGGGCGCAUGAAGCAGUCGUGCGUCCUCCGCCAGUGCUUAGCGCCCAGGCUGCCCCACUCGGUCACCUGCUCUCUGUGCGGGGAGGUGGAUCAGAACGAGGAGACGCAGGACUUCGAGAAGAAGCUGAUGGAGUGCUGCAUCUGCAACGAGAUCGUCCAUCCCGGAUGCUUGCAGAUGGACGGAGAAGGACUGCUGAGCGAUGAGCUGCCCAACUGCUGGGAGUGUCCGAAGUGUUACCAGGACGACGGCUCGGACAAGGGCCAGAAGCGGAAGAUGGAAGACAGCGACGAGGACACGGUGCAGGCCAAAGUCCUGCGGCCCCUGCGGAGCUGCGACGAGCCCCUGACGCCCCCGCCCCACUCGCCCCCGGCCAUGCUGCAGCUGAUCCACGACCCGGUGUCCCCCCGCGGCAUGGUGACGCGUUCGUCCCCGGGGGCCGGGCCCAGCGACCACCACAGCGCCAGCCGGGACGAGCGCUUCAAGAGGCGGCAGCUGCUGCGACUGCAGGCCACGGAGCGCACGCUGGUGCGGGAGAAGGAGAACAACCCCAGCGGCAAGAAGGAGCUGUCGGAGGUGGAGAAGGCCAAGAUCCGCGGCACGUACCUCACCGUGACCCUGCAGCGGCCCAGCAAGGAGCUGCACGGCACCUCCAUCGUGCCCAAGCUGCAGGCCAUCACCGCCUCCUCCGCCAACCUGCGCCACGCCCCGCGCGUGCUGGGGCCCCACCGCCCGGCCCGCCACCUGGCCCGCGGGGACGAGGAGGACGACGGGGACGAGGAGGAGGACGGGGACGAGGAGGAGGAUGGGGAGGACGAGGACAGCACCGAGGAGGGCGGGGCGGCCCGGCUCAACGGCCGCGCCGGCUGGGCCCAGGACGGGGACGAGAGCUGGAUGCAGCGGGAGGUGUGGAUGAGCGUGUUCCGCUACCUCGGCCGCCGGGAGCUCUGUGAAUGUAUGCGCGUGUGCAAGACCUGGCAUAAGUGGUGCUGCACAAGAGGCCUCUGGACGAAGAUCGACCUGAGCCGGUGUAAGGGCCAUCGUCCCCAGGCCCUCAGCGGCAUCAUCAAGCGGCAGCCGGUCAGCCUGGACCUCAGCUGGACCAACAUCUCCAAAAAGCAGCUUUCCUGGCUCGUCAACCGGCUGCCAGGCCUGAAGGACCUCCUGCUGGCGGGCUGUUCCUGGUCGGCGGUCUCUGCCCUCAGCACCUCCACCUGCCCCCUUCUCAGGACCCUCGAUCUUCGGUGGGCGGUGGGGAUCAAGGACCCCCAGAUUCGGGACCUGCUGACCCCGCCGACCGACAAACCCGGCCAGGACAAUCGCAGCAAACUCCGCAACAUGACGGACUUCCGGCUGGCCGGCCUGGACAUCACGGACGCCACCCUGCGCCUCAUCAUCCGCCACAUGCCCCUGCUGUCCCGCCUCGACCUGAGCCACUGCAGCCACCUGACGGAUCAGUCGGCCAACCUCCUCACCGCCGUCGGCUCCUCCACCCGCAACUCCCUGAACGGAGAUCAACAUGGCGGCUGCAACAAGCUGACGGACCAGUCCCUGCUGUACCUGCGGCGCAUCGCCAACGUCACCCUGAUCGACCUGCGCGGGUGCAAGCAGAUCACCCGCAAGGCCUGCGAGCACUUCAUCUCCGACCUGUCCAUCAACAGCCUCUACUGCCUGUCCGACGACAAGCUCAUCCAGAAGAUCAGCUAAGACCGGCCCGGAGCGCAGGCGGCGGGGGGUCCGGGGGCCCCGGGGGCCCCGGGGGCGGGCCGGAGG